AUGGCCAGCCUGUCACCCUCUCCAUCGCCUGUGCUGCGCGCGCUCUGUGCCCACAACAACCCCGUGCCCAGCAACCCAAGAAGGGCUUCUGAAGCUGCGAGGCCGCUUGGAGGACGCAAAGCCGUGCCACUGCUUGGGGUUUGCGCCUGUGCCGUAUCCCGCACACAGCGGCAAGUGCAACGGAGCUGGCAUCGGAAUGCUGGCAAAGUCGUCCGGGCAGCUUCUGAGCCAAAAGCUGACGAGUUGAGGGAGCUUUGGCAGAAAGCCUACCAGCUGGAGGUCGAGCGCAGCGAGGGGCUGAAGGGCUCAGAUUCCCCGGCACUGCCGGCAGCCCCGGGGGAAAACGCCACAGCCGAAGAGUGGCAAAAGGCCUACGAAGCAAUGAAGGCGGCGAAUGCCGAUCUGGAACGAGCGAAGCGUGAGCUGCUGGCAGCAGAAAGCGAAGACUCAAGUGAAAGCGCAGAGGCGGACGGUCCGAAAGUGCCAGAUCCCGUGCCGACGAGAGCUUCCCAAAGGCUCGGAAGCCUCGCUCCCGACGCGGAGGCGUCGGAGGAGUCGGGGAAGGUCCUCAGCAUCUUCGACCUGGCGGCGGUUGACGUCGACUCCCAGCAGCUCGCCGACGUCACGCGCUUCCGAGAUGCUCUGGGACCUGGCACUCUGCCGCUUCUGAAGACUCUCUUUGACAAGGAGUCUGCAGAGGUCCUCGAAGUGGGCGAGCUCCGAGAAGCAUUGCAGAUGGCCGGCAGUGGCUUCACCGUCACUUCGAAUCUUAGCCUCGGCCGCUGCCUCGUCCUACGCGGACUUCUAGCGCGGGAUGUCGGCGGCCGGGGGACGUUGCAACAAUUCCUGGAAGACCGCCAGGCAGCCUUGGACCAGCGGUACGGGUCAGGCAACCUCACGGUCUUCCUGCAGAGGGAGCGCCCUCCGCCUGCUCCCGGUCUCAGCCUGUGGCCCAAAGGUCAGUUCGAUCCCGUGAAAGUGUGGAGCCCGUCUGACAAGGAACUGCCGGCGGCGCUGCUCGUCUUUCGCACAUCGGACUUGCCCAUACCAUCCGGCAAGGACAGCUUCAGGCGAUUUGCGGUCGGCGCCUCUUUCGUGGCCACCUUGGUCUUCUGCAACAUCAUCUCAGCUGCCGUAGGCUUCUUAGAGGGCCAAGGUAGCGACAUCCUUGUGGGCCGCUCCGUAGAAGAGGUGACCUACAGUCCCCUCCUCGGGGUGGCGGUCACCCGCUUGGAUCCGGAUGGUGUUGGGCCAGUGGGCGUGGGCCUGGUUCUGAUGCUCUUCGCCCAGGGCUUAGGGCGUGGCUUGGUGGCGGAUCAGUUUGGCGUCGAGGUCCAGGGUGGCUACUUCAUCCCAUCGUCGGCCCUUGGCACUGUCGGGCGCACCUGGACGAUCAAGGGGUUAGCGCCCUCGCGUAAGGUCCAAAUCCAGGUUGCUCUGGGCGGAAUCUACGCCGGCUUCGCUGCCGCCUUGCUGCUCUGCCUGGUAGGCAUUCUCAUGGGCGAUGCCUCCGAUGGCCUGCUGAAGGUGGACGUGACUCGCCUUCCGCUGCUGCUGGCGCAAUUAUUGGGCGAUUCUUUCCCUGCAGAUGCAGCGCAGACAGUGCUGGGCCUCGGCAGUGGUGAGGCUGCACCAAGCGUCCCAGCCAGGGUACCGCUCGAUCCGCUUCUCUUCAGCGGCUGUCUGGCUCUCACCACCCAGGCAGUUCGACUCCUUCCUCUUCGGGGCCUCGAUGGGCACCUGCUGGCCAGGUUCUUGUUUGGGCCGCGUCCGAUCCAGCUGCUUGAGCUAGGCACUGGGGUGGUGCUUCUGCUCGGCGCAGUCGGGCGCUUGGGUCCCAACGCCAAUGCGGCCGUUUGCAGCUCAGCGCUUUUUGCCUGGGGGGUCUCCUUCUUGGCGGCGACGAGGGAAUCGCCGCUGCCGCCGCGCGAAGACUUUGAUGAUGAGCCAGCAGCCUCGCCGCAGCUGGCGGCACUAGCGGUACUGGCCCUCUUCAUCGCUGCUCUGGUGCUGCGCAGCCUGGCUAUUCAAGUUGAUGGGAUAGCCGUUGACUCACCAGGGGAAUUUGACCUGAGACUGUUUGCCGUCGUUGCUUUGGCUCUCAAGGGCUACAGGCGCCCCAUGGCCUCCUGUGGCAUCCUCGCCGAGCUGGAGGACCGCGUGUGCAGGCUGGAGCUGGAGCUGCAAUGUGGACGCCUCUCCGGGCGUGCAGCCGAAGAGGAGGGCAUCCUGAUCCUACACGCAGCAGACAGCCUUAUCCUGACUGAGUGGGAACAGCUUCGCAGACGGAGCCUGGCUCGGAAGGUGAACAACCUCCGGCUCGAGGUGGAUGCCUGGAUAAGUAGUCCACAAUCACCGAGGACGACGGCUACCGCUUCUUCGAAGGACUUGGGCGGAGUCUACCGAAUCCGGUGGAGCCCUGUGGAGUUGGCUCGCCAGCGGCAUGCUGUGCAGCAGCCGGCGAGGUUGGACGUACAGCUUGAUCUGGACGUUUCUCCAUCAAGAUCCUCAUCUGCCUGGGGUUGCGGAGCUGGCAAAAGGGUGCACUGGGACACAGGUGCUUUGAGUCGCAGCCAAAGCCAUGGCAGCCUGGUCGUUGAUGCAGGCCGCCAGCAGAACACCCCGUGCUCAGCGUCGGCUUGGGAAAACGACAAGGCGCCCACCGGGAUCGGCAGGAAGAUUCUAGCGGCGGCUGUACAAGGUGACGUCAUGGAGGUGCAAAAUCUGCUCUGCUUUGCUACGGAGGAGGAGAAGGAACUGGCACUGAUGACGGCGGUGAGGUAUGGCCGCGCCGAGGUUUGCGUGCUGCUCCUGAAGGGAUGCAUCAGUCUCCGUUCCCCAGGAGGACUUGGCCGCCUUGCUUUGGCCUCGGCUUGCCUCUACGGCCAUCGCCACGUCGCGCGUUGCCUUCUGGAGCACGGGGCUCCCCCAGAGCAGAGGGACGAAUAUGGCCGGACUGCCCUUCACCUUGCAUGCACCAGCAGUGCGGAGAUCGUGCGUGACCUGCUUUGCUUCAGCCCGGCUCUGACCUUCCUGAAGGAUAAACAGGGCCGCAAUGCACUCUUCCACGCCAUGGGCAACAACAAGGAAGAAGAGAAGCUGGAGAUUGUGAGGCUGUUGCUGGAGAUGAAGUGCAGCGCUACUGAGGUGGACUGCUUUGGUCGGUCGGCACUGCACUACGCCGUCCAGAAAGGUGACAUGCGAGUGGUGACGCUGUUGCAGCGGACGGUCGACCAGGCGAAUGAAGAAGCCAUGCGGGCAGAAGCUAGACGAGUGCAGGAGUUCUUGGCAUCCGCAGAUGCUGCAAGAGCUGAGCAGGCAGCGGCGGAGGCUGCGAAGGUUGCAGCGAGGGCUGCAGAGCUUAGGGCGGCAGAGGAAGCCAGAGCUGCACUUAGAGCGGCCGAAGACCGGCGAAGCAUCAAAGCAGCGGAGGCGGCCGAGGCGGCUGCAAAGAUGCGGGAGGAGCGGUUGAAGAGGGAGGCCGCCGAGGCUGCGGAGGCAGUAGCCAGGGCUGGGGAGGAGCGAAAGAAGAGGGAAGCCGUAGAGGCGGCCAUGCAAGCUGCCAGGAGCGAGGAGGAGCGGAAAAAGAGAGAAAUUGCAGAAGCAGUGGAGGCUGCUGUCAAGGUUGAAGCCGAGCGAAGGAAGAAGGAAGCUGCAGCAGCUGCAGAGGCGGCUGCUCAGGAACAGCAUAAAGCAGCGGAGGUAGCAGAAGCUGCGGCCAGGAUUGAGGAGGAGCGACGAAAGAAGGAAGCCACGGAGGCAGCCGAGGCAGCUGCCAAGCUUGAGGAGGAGCGACGACAACAAGAAAGUCAACAGGCUGCAGAGCUCUCUCUCAGAGUUGAGCGUGAGCGGAAAAGUCGGGAAGCUGCAGAGGCUGAAGAGGCGGCUGCCAGGCAGAAGCGGGAAGCGGCAGAGGCAGCAGAAGCUGCGGCCAGAACUGAGGAGGAGCGGCAGAAGAAGGAAGCCGCAGCGGCGGCAGAGGCAGCUGCUAGGGCUCAGGAGGAGCGGAAGCAACGAGAUGCUCAACUCGCAGAAGAGUUUUCUCUCAGGGUCGAACGUGAGCAACGAAGUCAGGAAGCGGCAGAAGCUGCAGCGGCGGCUGCACGGGAACAGCGGGAAGCGGCGGAGGCAGCAGAAGCUGCAGCCAAGGCUGAAGAGGAACGACGAAAGAAGGAAGCUGCAGACGCAGCCGAGGCAGCUGCCAAGAUUGAGGAGGAGCGAAGGCAACGAGAGGUAGAAUCCGCAGCUGAGUUUUCUCUCAGGGUUGAACAUGAGCAACAUAGAAGAGAAGCCGCACAGGCCGCGGAGGCAGCCGCCACGCAAGAAGCAGAGUUAAAGAGCAGAGAAGCAGCAGAUGCGGCCGCAAUCUGCUACGAAGAGAGGAUGAAGCGGGCAACAGCCGAAGCCGCAGUUGUCGUAGCAGAGGACUGUCAGACGAGACUGACCAAUGCGAGUGCAUGGAAAGUGGGCUUCAGCAUUACGGUCGCUGAAUAG